AUGGAUCACGGCGAAGGGAUAAAAACAAGGAGGUAUAAGAGUGUGGAUGCUCAACAGACGUCAAGUCGUGAGGAUGGUUACGAGGCAACAACGGUCAUAGUAUGCGAUCUAGGGUGGAUCUCCGUUGAGGUCGCUGGGGUUGACGUCGGAGAAACACGCGUUGGUGGCUGCCAGGUACAGGACCACCGCAGGGACAAUGAAUUUCAGGGGAGUAACGAGAUGACAGGAGGAGAAGAAGGCGGUAUGUCCCGGGGGUUGGGGAGAGGAGGGACGAGGGGAGAACGAGUUGAUGGCAGAAAAGGAAGAGAAAGAAGCAAAAGGAUCGAAAGGGAAGAGAAGGAGGAAGAGGAGAAGCAAAUGAGUGAAAAGGAACCACUUGAAGUGGUGGUGGUGGUGGGUGGUGGGUGUGUGGAAGUGGAAGGGUGCUGGGCUGUGAUGCUUAUGCCCACUCACUCCCCGGCUCUUACUGCCACGGUUCACAUGGGUGACCCUCAUCCUCAUCUCCCUCACCACUUAGCAUCAACGAACAUCCACAUCAGAAGUCUAGCCCGCCAUCGCACCGGCCGGAACACUCCUCUCUGGCGUGGAACGAACGCAAUUUACCAGACCAGCGAGCGGCACACCAGCCAUUGUCAAUAG